UGGUUCCAUUAGGUCAAUGGAUUAGACUUUCUUCAUUGGAACAAUCAGUUUUUGUUGAUCAAAUUUAUUCAGUUCGUUAAUUUUUUAUUUUGUGUUCUUACCUGAGAUUACCUAAACUUCAUCGAGUUAAUUCACAAUGUUCAUUAAAUCAUCUUUCGUUUUAUUAUUUAUUUUCGCUGCUGUUUCAGCCCAAUCGAAUUACAAUUCUGGUCGAUUCGAGCAACAACAGCAACAAGAUCGAGGUUAUGAUGGAUCAACUUCAACUGGAUCUCAACAAAUCCAAGAAGGUGAACGAGCCCCAGCUCCCAAUUCUGUCGAAGGUGAAGCGGGACCUGAACCACCAGCACUAGUACCUCAAACUAGUUUCACUUGUGAUGGUAAACCUUAUGAUCCAGGAAUGUACGCUGACAUGGAAGUCGCUUGUUCCGUUUAUCAUAUGUGUUUCAACGGUCGAAAAGAAUCUUUCCUCUGUGGAACUGGAACUAUGUUCAAUCAAGAAAUUUUAUCCUGUGAUCAUCCUCAGAACGUUGAUUGUUCAGCUUCACCAAAUUUCUACAAUGCCAAUGAAGAAUUAGGAAAACCUGGUGCUGAACCCGCUCCUGGCUCUCAACCAGCUCCUCGUCCUCGACCACCACCACCAGCCGCUAACAGACCAAUUCCUCAACGACCAGUUGUCAGCGGAGCUCCACGACCCCUUCCACGACCAGCCCCAGUCCAACGACCAAUCCCAGCUCCACGACCUCAAGUACAAGGUCCAAAUUACGGUUCAGGAGCAACUGACCAAACUACUGACUUUGAAGGUCCACAACAACCAGACUACCAAGAACAAGUUCAACCAGCACUCCCUGCCCUUCCUGCCCCAGCCCCAGCUCCUGCUCCACGACCAAGUGGAAAGGUUUCCCCACCACAAGCUCCCCGACCAGCCCCAGCUUACCGACCUCCUGCACCAGCAGCUCCACGUCCCAUCCCUCGGCCAGCCCCAGUUUACCGUCCACCCUCACCUGCUCAAGUCCCAUCAUACAGACCAGUCCAACAACCAGCCCCAGCUCCAGCUUACCGACCAGUUCCAGCUCCAGCUCCAGUUCCCUCAUACCAACCCGCUCCAGCUCCAGCUCCAGUUAGACGACCAAGUAAAACUUCACCACGAAGACCCGCUCCCCAGCCAAUCCCACCUCCAGUAGUCCAAACUACCGAUGAGGAACCAGAUUACGAGCCAAGUUCAGUUUACUAUUCCCAAGAACUGCCAAAACAACAACAACGAUCAAGAUACGCCGUCUCUUCAAGAAGAUGGAAUCAAUAUCGUUCAUAAAUCACUGGAAAACCAAUCAAAUAAUUAACAGAAUUUGUUAACAAAUUGCCAAGUGUUGAAAAUUUUUUUUCUUCCAAACGAAUUCAGAUUAACUUUUUUUCUCUACCUGUGUGAAUUUCUCAUCAUUUAUCUUCCUGUUAAAUGACCAAUACUCUUAGUUUUACUCAGAAAUUAUUUUAAUCACCAUCAAAUUUUUGUGUACAAUUUGUUAAUUCAAAUCAAACAUUCAAUCGGUUUAAUUUUCAAUGUUCCGAAAAAUUAAACGAUGAUUGAUUAAAACUCAAUCUAAGAUGAUGUAUUAAUCACCAACAUCUCAUAAAAAUUAAAUUCUUAAUAAAGAUUUUUACAUUUCUUUUUCUACCAAACAA